AUGUAUAAUGAUGAAAUAUUCUUUAAAGUUUUUAGAAACAUAUUUUUAAAAACAUUGAUAUUUUCAUUUUUAAAAAGGGAUAGAUCAGGACAUAGUUACAAUGGCACAACAAAUAUGUUAAAAAUGUUAAAAAAAAAUAAAAUUGAAAUGAUAUUAGAUAAAAUAAAAUCUAAUCAUUUUAUUUAUUUUAACUACACUGUUUUUUCUCAGAUAUGGGAUCACGACUUUGAAAAGUUAUUUGUGCCAUUUGUUAAUAAAUAUAAAAAUACAAUAAAAAAUUUUACUCCAUUAGAAAAAUCAAUAACCUUUAAAUCAUUAAAUCAUACAAAAUAUUUCAUAAAUAUGUAUUGUUUUAAUAAUAACGAUAACAAUAAUAAUAAUAAUAAUAAUGAUAAUAAUAAUAAUAUCCAUCCAUCAUAUAAAAUUUUUGAAUUAUUUCAAAAAUCACUGGAAUCAGGGUCAAUAGAGACAUCAAGAUAUUUACUUCAAUUAAUAAAUGAAAAUAGAGCAAAUUUUGACAAGGAUUUGGGUAGUUUCAGUAGCAUUAUUGAUAAUGAAGGUGUUUUAAAAGUAAUGAACUUUAAUCCUUGCAACUUUGAAAAUUAUUUUUAUUCACUUGUCGAAAAUUUAACUCAAGAGAAAUACGAUUUUAUAAAGAAUGAAUUAAAGGUCGAUUUAGAGUCUCUAAUAGUCAAAAAUAAACAUCUUGCAAAAGUAAAAGUUAGAUCAAAUGGAGAAGAACCAUUUUUAAUAAACUCCGAAAUGAAAGUACCAAGCAUUGAUUUACUUUUAUUAUCAAACGGAUUCAAUUUAAGAAUUUUACACGAGGUGGGGAUUUGUGUAGAUAAUAUAGAUCAUGCAAAAAUAUACGUUUUAAGAGCAUCAAAAAAGUAUUCAUCUCAUAUACUUCCAGCUUUAAUCCAUCUUUCAAAUAACCGAGACAUUAAAAAGCUAAGCACUUUUAUUCAAAGAAUCGAAGAAAUUUUAAAUAAAAAGAUGGAUAUAAUCUAUCUAUUAGGCCCAUUCAUCAUUUAUUAUCAUUUAAAGAAAGGAAACUUCCAAGAAAUCGAAGACAUAAACACUUAUGGCACCGACAAAAACAGGGAUUUUGUUAAAAAAAUACUAAGACAAUUUUCAGUUUCAAAAUUUUCAAUUGCAGCAUAUAUUUUUUUAAAAAGGAUAGAGGCAGAUGAAACCUUUUAUAUGUUUGAAAAGGAAAGUAGUUUUGACAUAAAAAUAAAUAAAAAAGUAAUGAAUCAUGAAAUAGCUUUGGAUUUUUUCGACUACAUUUAUUCAAAAAAAGAUUUCGAGUUUAUUACAAUUUUUUUGGAAUCAAUUUCACAGAACUAUAGUAUACAGUUUAUUAAAACCCUUCUUGAUAAAAAUAAUAAUUUUAAAGACCUACUUCAAAAUAGUUUUCUAUUAAAGGAGCAGCCAUUUUAUGUUAGGGAAAAGGAAGAUUCAAGCGAUUUGAGCGAUUCAAACGAGUCAAACGAGUCAAGCGAGUCGAGCAUAGAUUUUAGUGAUGAAAGUAAUAUAUUCAAGGAUGACAAAGUAAUAUAUGAAAGAAUUAAAAGAAUUAAAAUUGAUAAAUUAUUUCAAAAUCGUAGAUAUAAACAAGUUUUGGAUUUAGUCAAAGAAGGCGGUAGAAAAUUAGGAGUCGUCCCAUCAAUUUCAUUUUAUAAAUUAUUUGAUAAAGCAAUUCCAUUUGAAUGGUUUGAAAAAUUAUUUACACCAUUGAUCGAAUCAUUUUUUUUUGGAAAUUUACAUCGAGUAAUAGAAGUUUGUUGUGAAAGAUUUGAUAUAUUUGAAUUUAUUUGGGAACACUAUUUUAUAUCAAUAGAAAGUAAAAAGAAAUUUAUAAUUAUUCUUUUAUCAAACAGUCACAACACCCACCUUUUUUUUUUAUUAGAAUACAUAAUCAAAGAGAAGAUUGAUUUCAUCACAAAUUACAUCUACAAUGAAAACAAAAACAAAAACGAAAAUGAAAAAGAAAAUAAAGAAGAUGAAUAUUACUCUCAAGUAGAUUCAGAGGAAGAAUAUGACGAAGAAGAAGAGGAAGAUGAUGGGUCAUAUGGGUUAUAUGACGAGGAAGAUGAUGGAUCAUAUCUGGAUGAAGACUAUGACGAGGAGGAGGAGUUUAGAUAUGGAUUUGAGGAAUAUCAAAAUCGAAAGGAAGAAUAUGAAGAAAUUGAAAUUCCUUUCAAAGGUUAUAAAAUCGAUGCAUUAUUUAAAAGAACUCUUUUUGAUGGAAAUAUAAAACUACUCAAAACACUUCAAUCAGCAUUCCCAUCAUACAGAUUCAAAAUAGAUUCAAAGGAAUUUCAACAAAUUAUGGAAAAUGUUUAUAUCCAUCAUAAAUGCAAUGUUCUUGAAUAUCUAUACGAAAAUAACUAUAUCACAAAUUUAGUAGAAAUAAUAAAAGAAAUCAACCAAUUUAAAAAAGAUGAAAACUACUAUUUAAAAGUUAAUCAUUAUGGUUAUUCUGCAUCAUUUUUAUUAUUACUACAACAUAUAAUAAAACAACAAAUAAAAUAA